AUGGCCCGCCACAGCAAGCUUCAGAAGCAAGUUCUCGGCCUCUACCGCAGCUUCCUGCGGGCCGGCAAGGACAAGCCGGGCUUCCUUCCUCAGAUACGGGCCGAGUUCAGGAAAAAUGCCCAGAUCCCCCGGACGGAUGUCAUGAUUAUAGAGUACCUCGUCCGGCGUGGGCAGAGGCAGCUGGAGCAACUCAGAGGCGCCCACACCAAGCAGAUGGGUGCCUUCGUCAGGACGGAACAGGAGGAAUGA